GCUCUCAUUACCAUUACCUACUUCCUAAUUCACCAUAUGUCUUUCUCUCCAUAUCUCUUACACGCUUUAUCCGAGAAGUGAUACAAUAUUUUAUUCAUUCUUUUCCAUUUGAAAGGGAUGAUUUCUUGGCUUAGCAAAUAUUUCAUCAUCCUCCUCUUCACACUGAUUUUCCAUGGGCGUCUUGGAUUUUCUGACAACAAUAAACUCCACGAGGCUGAAGUGAGAGCACUGAAGGAGAUAGGGAAGAAGCUAGGGAAGAAAGACUGGGACUUCAACAAAGAUCCAUGUAGUGGUCAAGGCAACUGGGUUGUUACCAUUUACACAUCCAAAGAGUUUGAGAGUAAUAUCACUUGCGAUUGCUCCUUUCUUCCUCUGAACUCAUCUUGCCAUGUCAUCAGAAUAGCUCUGAAGUCGCAGAACCUAACAGGCAUCGUCCCUCCUGAGUUCUCCAAGCUUCGUCACCUCAAAGUUUUAGACCUUAGCCGUAACUAUCUGACUGGUUCCAUUCCAAAGGAAUGGGCUUCUAUGCGCUUAGAAGAUUUAUCUUUCAUGGGAAACAGAUUGUCUGGUCCAUUCCCCAAAGUCCUAACUCGCCUUACUACGCUCAGAAACUUGAGCCUCGAAGGAAAUCUGUUUUCAGGACAAAUCCCUCCUGAGAUUAAAAGGAUGAUUCAUUUGGAGAGACUUCAUCUUCCUUCAAAUGCUUUCACUGGCUCAUUGCCUGAAGAACUUGCACUGCUCCAGAACUUGACUGAUAUGAGGAUAAGUGAUAAUAACUUCACUGGCCGGAUACCAGAUUUCAUCGGCAAUUGGACAAGUAUAAUGAAACUGCAGUUGCAUGGUUCAGGUUUGGAUGGUCCGAUACCUUCUAGUAUUUCAUCCUUAACCAGCUUGACCGAUCUGAGGAUUGGUGAUUUAGGAGGCAAACCGUCUCCUUUCCCUCCAUUGAAUAACUUGGCCUCUAUCAAGACACUAAUAUUGAGAAAAUGCAAUUUAAAUGGCCCAAUUCCAAAGUAUAUCGGGCAGCUGAAGAAGCUUAAAACACUUGACCUCAGCUUCAAUCUACUAACCGGUGAGAUUCCCUCAACGUUUGAAAAUAUGAAGAAAGCAGAUUUCAUUUAUUUGACAGGAAACAAGCUGACAGGAGCUAUUCCAAGCUACUUCGUUAAUAAAAACAAAAACGUUGAUGUUUCUUACAACAACUUUACCGAUGCAAGUUCAAUUACCGGGAGUAAAUGCAGCGAUGUUACCUCGAAUUGGGUGGAAAGCUUCUCCAUGGGGAAUAAAUCACGCAAGGAAUCAUCCUGUUACCUUCACCACAUCCCUUGUCGUCUUCCUAAGAGAGAUCAUAAGUAUAAGUUAUACAUAAACUGUGGAGGAAGUGAAGUUAAAGUGGACAAAGGAACGACAUACGAAGCUGACCAAAACUCCAAAGGUCCUUCAAUGUUCUUCGCUGUCAAUCACUGGGCGUAUAGCAGCACCGGGAACUUCAUGGACAACGAUGAUGAUGCUGAUGAUUACAUCGUACAGAACACAUCCAGAUUAUCAGUUAACGCUUCUUCCUCUCUCACCUCCGGGCUUUACAGGACGGCUCGAGUUUCUCCUUCCUCGUUAACUUACUAUGGACUAUGCCUUGGAAACGGUAACUACACUCUCCACCUCCACUUCGCUGAGAUCAUCUUUACCGAUGACAAGACACUUUACAGCCUCGGCAAACGCUUGUUCGAUAUCUAUGUUCAGGAUAAGUUAGUGAUUAAGAACUUCAAUAUCCAAGAAGCAGCUGGUGGAUCCGGUAAGCCGGUCAUAAAAUCGUUCCUGGUGAAUGUGACAGAGAACAAUGUGAAGAUUGGGUUGAGGUGGGCUGGGAAAGGGACAACAGGCAUUCCCAUUAGAGGAGUUUAUGGUCCUAUGAUAUCAGCUAUAUCAGUGGAACCAAAUUUCAAACCUCCGGUGUAUCAUGACAAGAAAGAGAUCAUACUAAAAGCAGGGAUACCUGUUGCAGCAGCACUUCUUUUAUUGCUCAUAUUUGGUAUAUUCUUGAAGAAAAGAAGUGACAAAAAUGCUAUUGACAAAGAGCUAAGGAAUUUAGAUCUACAAACUGGAAGUUUCACUCUACGGCAGAUAAAAGCCGCCACUGAUAAUUUUGAUGCAACCUUGAAGAUUGGUGAAGGUGGAUUUGGCUCUGUUUACAAGGGUGUAUUGUCAGAAGGAAAACUGAUUGCAGUCAAACAAUUAUCUGCAAAAUCAAGGCAGGGAAACCGCGAGUUUGUAAACGAAGUAGGAAUGAUCUCAGCUCUACAACAUCCGAAUCUUGUGAAGCUAUACGGUUGUUGUGUCGAAGGAAACCAAUUGAUAUUGGUGUAUGAGUAUUUGGAGAACAACUGUCUAUCUCGUGCCCUCUUUGGAAAGGAUGUGAAUGCUAGGCUGAAACUAGACUGGUCAACGAGGAAGAAGAUUUGUUUGGGGAUAGCUAAAGGACUUACGUUUCUCCACGAAGAGUCUAGGAUAAAGAUUGUACACAGAGAUAUUAAGGCGAGCAACGUGUUGCUCGAUAAGGAUCUCAACGCCAAGAUCUCCGACUUUGGUUUGGCAAAGCUGAACGAUGAUGGAAACACUCACAUCAGCACUCGCAUUGCAGGAACUGUAGGUUACAUGGCUCCAGAAUACGCCAUGCGUGGUUACUUGACUGAGAAAGCAGAUGUUUAUAGCUUUGGCGUCGUUGCACUCGAGAUCGUAAGUGGAAAGAGUAACACAAACUUUAGGCCAAGCGAGGACUUCGUUUACCUUCUUGAUUGGGCAUACGUUUUGCAAGAGAAGGGAUGCUUGCUAGAGAUGGUUGAUCCGACGUUAGCCUCCGAUUACUCAGAAGAAGAAGCCAUGCUGAUGUUGAACGUGGCGUUGAUGUGCACCAACGCGUCACCGACGCUAAGGCCUACGAUGUCCCAAGUGGUGAGUCUGUUGGAGGGAAAGACAGAGAUGCAAGAGUUGCUGUCGGAUCCUAGCUUCUCGACGGUUAACCCGAAGCUCAAAGCAUUGAGGAACCAUUUUUGGCAGAACGAGUUUAGCAGAACGCUUAGCUUCUCUACUACAAGCGGGCCUAAUACUGCCUCUGUCAAGUCACAACUUGAUGCUGAGGAAAAGACUGGACUUUUGGAUUAAUUAAACUUCUUAUUACGUUCCAAUUUAUAAGUGAGAGAUUCUUAGGAGUUGUGAAGCUUUUAUUCUCUGUGUCUUUAAGUGUAUAUAUAAUCAAUAAAUUAUAUCUCCAAACUGUAAGAUGAAAAUUAGAUAAAGAUAAAAAUCCUUAAAAUA